AAAUUGUUUGUGGUUUGUGCGGCUUAUCGCCUGCCUUGUUUUGCCUAAUCAAUCUUCAUAAUUUCAAACAAACAACGAUUCAAAUCGCCUGAAUGGUUGUGGAUACGUAAUAAACUAAUUACACACACAGUCGUUCAGUCGCUGACAUCACUCUCAAGUGCGAAACGCUUUGUUGUUAGCUUGUACCUACUUAGUAAUAAUUUAAUAUUUUCGUUGUUUUCAGCGUAAAACAUGAGAUUGUGUUUGUUACUGUUUCUUUUUGGGGUAUCAUGGGCCAAAACUGUCGAUUUGGACUCCAAUUAUCUUCAGCCGGAGCAAAUCCACAUAUCCUUUGGAGAAAAAACAAAUGAUAUAGUGGUGACGUGGUCGACAUUCAACGAUACUGAGUCCAGAGUUAUUUAUAGAGUCAAUGGCACGCCACACUGGUCAAAGGUCACAGGAUUCAGUAAAGUGUUUGUGGAUGGGGGCAAGAUGAAGAGGCCUCAAUGGAUCCACCGAGCUACGCUUGCAAACCUCAAGUUUGACACUCGAUACCAGUACAUGGUGGGGUCGGCGGCGGCGCCGUCGGGCCUGCUGUCGUUCAAGACGCCGCCCGCGGGCGAGGACUGGGUGCUGCGCCUGGCGCUCUACGGAGACAUGGGCGUCAACAACUCCUUGUCGCUACCAUUCCUGAAGAAGGACGUGGAGCAGGACAAGUACGACAUGAUCCUGCACGUGGGCGACUUCGCGUACGACAUGAACGAGCAGGAGGGCCGCGUGGGAGACGCCUUCAUGCGCAAGCUGCAGCCUGUCGCCGCGCGCCUGCCCUACAUGACCUGCCCUGGCAACCACGAGAGCGCCUACAACUUCUCCCACUAUUCCGCGCGGUUCUCGAUGCCGGGCGCGGAGGCCAACCUGUACUACAGCUUCGACGUGGGCCCCGUGCACUUCGUGUCCAUUUCUACUGAAGUUUACUACUUCACGGAGAACGGGCUCAAGCUCAUCGUCAACCAGUACGACUGGCUCAAGAGGGACCUCGCUAACGCGGCCAAGCCGGCUAACAGGGCCAAGCACCCGUGGAUCGUGGUGUUCGGGCAUCGGCCCAUGUACUGCAGCAACAGCGAUGACGUCGACUGCAGCCUCGAGUACACGCGCACCGGCUUCCUCGGCCUCUUCGGUUUGGAGUCUCUCCUCCAAGAGUUCGGCGUGGACCUAGCGGUGUGGGCGCACGAGCACUCCUACGAGCGCACGUGGCCGCUCUACGACAACCAGGUCUACAACGGCUCGCUCCAGGAACCCUACACCAACCCCAGGGCUCCCGUGCACCUCGUGACGGGCUCGGCGGGCUGCCGCGAGGGCCGCGACCACUUCACACACAAGCCAUCCGAGUGGUCAGCAUUCAGGUCGCAGGACUACGGCUACACGAAGUUCAAAGCAUUCAACAAAACUCAUAUCAACAUUGAACAGGUUUCAGUAGAUCUUGACGGGCAGGUAAUAGACGCGUUUUGGUUGAUCAAAAACAAGUUGUCCUUUAACAAUAAAUAAAUUGUUUUAAACCUGUUGACCAGUACAUAGUAGUGAAGCUAAUGCUGCACAUGCACAUCCUCUAUCUGUGUGCACAUGGCCAUAAAUGAUCUAUGUCAUCAACUAGUCACAAGUGUUUUAGGAUUUUAACUGUGUUGGUUAUGCCCCUAGUGGUGUAAAGAAGUAGAUAAGUGCUUUGUAAAAAAAAUACCUAAGAAAUUGCUAUCAAUCAAAAUACUUUUAUGACAACCUGAGUGGCAUAACAUAAUAUCUACAUCCACCCAUCCACCCCUCUCUCACAGCAAAGAUUGGGCAACAGAGACAGGUUGAUUUGUCUUUAAAACAAAGUAACAUUCGUGAAAAAUUAAAUUACUGCAUUGUUUCACAUAAGCAAAUACCGUACAUGAAAUUGAAUUGAAUUGGUCCAAAACCUAUGUUACUUUGUUUACUUUCGUGGAAAUUUGAUAUCAACCUCACUGAAUGCCUAAAAUACAUAGGUACCUACAUAAUGAAUAAAAACACCAGUUAUCUUUGUUAAAUUGUUUUACUUUAUUUCAAUAGUUAUUUCUAUGAGACCCUUUUGUCAAUUACAAUUACUUUUAAAAGCAAACCAGAAUCACAUUUUUUACUCGACUUACUAGUGAAAUAAUACCACCAAUGCUGCUAACUUGACACAUCU